AUGACUUUGUUCGCAGCCGCUGGUGUCUUCUCUUCUGAAGUCGCGAAGGCCGCUGGUAAUGAAACUCUCGUUCGAUCAUCCAAUUGCGGGUACUUGCUGCCUGACUUGUCACCUACCGAAUCAAAUCCGGUCAACGAACUGGCGGCUAAUGCUCAAGAGGCGAAUGAAACCCUUGCAGCGGAUGCAUACUCACGAGCAUGCUAUGGAAGCGUUCAGGAUGCUUUGCAAUGCAAUCAAUACCCGCGGGCAAAGAUACCAUGGACGACUACGGCCAAUGUCUCAUGCCCAUUCGAUCAGGAUCUAUGCUGGGAUGGCCCAACAUCUGCAUUCAAAAUCGAGAGCGGUCUUAUCGAUUCUCACUAUGACUUAGGGAUCAACUCCAAACGCUUGGACCGGUUGCAGCAUCGGAAGGCUACGACGUGCUCCGUCCUUCAUACCAAAGACCAUGCUUACCAAACAAACGAAACCGAUGAGAAUGGCGAUCCUGUCCGUAUUGCACGCUACACUUUCGGAGGCUUCGGGGCCUCGAUCGAUGAGGGGACUGCAAACACAACAUUCAUAUACAACCUUCAUGGUAAUGUCGGUACAUCCGGCUACGCACUUGUCCCCUUUGUUUCCUACUCGGGACAGGCGCAACAGACCUGGUACCCUAUUCCCGAACUAAAUCGAACUGAUGCCGACGUAACAAUAAUGUUCCUCGCCCCAAACACAGUCUCCUAUCUAUCGCCAGUCUACGAUCCAUGGUUCCACGCCACAACGCCCACAAAUCUUUCAUCUGGUGACCUGAAUAUGACAAAUUACCUACCAGACUACACCGUAGGCGUCCUGGCAUGCGCAGACCAAUUCCAGCUUUGCAACCCCGUCAACAACAAAUGCACAAACCUCACCGCAGUCUCGACUCUGCAAAACGAAUCGCGCAAUUUACUCCUCAACGAAGUCCAAGCGUUCACCUUGACCGACAUUUUCUACACGAUGGUGAAUGGUCGCACAUACAACAACGUUCAAAGUCGCGGCGCCAAUUCGCUCAGAGUUACAGACACACUGAGCGGCUCGACUUUUACCCAAAUCGGCCUUCCAGACAACCAAUGGACAAUCGAAGUCACAAACCUCUUCGCUGUCUCGAUGGCGCGCAUGCAGCAAGAGAUCAUCAACUACGCCACCGGCCCCUCCUACAGCUCCCAAGGCCUCGAAUUCGUCAAAGGCGAGAAAACCAUCUGUGAACGCCAGAAAAUCCGCAGCGCAAGUGGCUACAUUUCCUUCUCCGUCCUCGGCGUCUCUAUCAUCCUCGUUCUUGGGACACUGGAGUGGGGGGCGGACGCUGUGCCUGUCACCCGCAAGGGGGAGAUGCUGGAAUUCGCGGGUGGAGAAAAUUCUGGGCUUGAGAAGAAUGGGUAUCGUAGCGCGCAAAGGGCUGAGGAACAUGGGACUCCAAGUCUGGUGGCUGAGAGGAAUGAGGGUGGUGGUGGAAAUGGACACUUUGAGGGGGUGGGGGUCGUGAAUGCUGGGGAGAAGACCCGAAUGCUAGACGGAACAUGA